AACUUGUGCGAAAAGCAACGCAAACCGAGCAAGAGUCAAAGAGAUUCUGAUUUCUUUGAAUAGUGUGUGAAAUUUGAAUUUUUUCAAGUGCAAAAAGUUGAAUUAUACAGAAAAUAAAAAUAUCUUUAAAUAGAUUUUAUUGGUGUAAUUAACAAAAACCAAAAGAUGCCUGAAGAAGUUGAAACUUUUGCUUUCCAAGCUGAGAUUGCUCAGCUUAUGUCACUGAUCAUUAACACAUUCUAUUCGAACAAAGAAAUUUUCUUGCGAGAAUUGAUUUCUAAUGCUUCCGAUGCCUUGGAUAAAAUCCGCUAUGAAGCAUUGACCGAUCCCUCUAAAUUGGAUUCCGGCAAAGAAUUGUAUAUAAAAUUGAUUCCCAACAAAACUGCUGGUACUUUGACACUCAUCGAUACUGGUAUCGGUAUGACAAAAUCGGAUUUGGUGAACAAUUUGGGUACCAUUGCAAAGUCCGGCACAAAGGCGUUCAUGGAAGCUUUGCAGGCUGGCGCCGACAUCUCUAUGAUUGGUCAGUUCGGUGUAGGCUUCUAUUCCGCCUACUUGGUUGCUGACAAAGUCACCGUCACCUCAAAGCACAAUGAUGAUGAACAAUACAUUUGGGAAUCAUCGGCUGGCGGUUCUUUCACUGUUCGCGCCGACAAUUCCGAGCCAUUGGGUCGUGGCACCAAGAUUGUAUUGUACAUUAAGGAAGAUCAGACUGACUACUUGGAGGAAAGCAAAAUUAAGGAAAUUGUGAAUAAACAUUCUCAAUUCAUUGGUUAUCCUAUCAAAUUGUUGGUAGAGAAAGAACGUGACCAAGAAGUAUCUGAUGAUGAGGCCGAGGAUGACAAGAAAGACAAAGAGAAGAAGGAUAUGGAGACUGACGAGCCCAAGAUUGAAGAUGUGGGCGAAGAUGAUGAUGCUGACAAAAAAGACAAGGACGGCAAGAAGAAGAAGACCGUUAAGGUCAAGUACACCGAAGAUGAGGAGUUGAACAAGACCAAACCUAUUUGGACUCGCAAUCCCGAUGAUAUAUCUCAAAGCGAAUAUGGUGAAUUCUACAAAUCUCUCACAAACGAUUGGGAAGACCAUUUGGCAGUCAAACACUUCUCAGUUGAAGGUCAACUCGAAUUCCGUGCUCUUCUCUUCAUUCCCCGUCGUACCCCAUUCGAUCUUUUUGAGAACCAGAAGAAACGUAACAACAUCAAGCUUUACGUACGCCGUGUCUUCAUUAUGGAUAAUUGUGAGGACCUUAUUCCCGAGUAUUUGAACUUCAUGAAAGGUGUUGUAGACUCUGAAGAUUUGCCAUUGAAUAUCUCACGUGAAAUGUUGCAACAGAACAAAGUCUUGAAGGUCAUUCGCAAGAAUUUGGUGAAGAAAACUAUGGAAUUGAUUGAGGAGCUCACUGAAGACAAAGAGCUUUACAAAAAAUUCUAUGACCAGUUCAGCAAGAACUUGAAAUUGGGCGUUCACGAGGACAGCAACAACCGCGCCAAAAUUUCCGAUUUCUUGCGCUUCCACACAUCUGCCUCUGGUGAUGACUUCUGCUCCUUGUCCGACUAUGUUUCCCGCAUGAAGGAUAAUCAAAAACACAUCUACUUCAUUACUGGCGAAUCUAAGGAGCAAGUAGCCAACUCUGCCUUUGUUGAGCGUGUCAAAGCUCGCGGCUUUGAAGUAGUUUACAUGACGGAACCUAUCGAUGAAUACGUCAUUCAGCACUUGAAGGAAUACAAAGGAAAACAAUUGGUCUCAGUCACCAAGGAGGGCUUGGAAUUGCCCGAAGAUGAAGAGGAGAAGAAGAAGCGCGAGGAAGACAAAACCAAAUUUGAAAACCUGUGCAAACUCAUGAAAUCCAUUUUGGACAGCAAAGUUGAUAAAGUCGUCGUUUCAAAUCGUUUAGUUGAGUCCCCCUGUUGUAUUGUAACAUCACAAUUCGGUUGGUCUGCCAAUAUGGAGCGUAUCAUGAAGGCGCAAGCAUUGCGUGAUACCUCAACGAUGGGCUACAUGGCUGGCAAAAAACAUUUGGAAAUCAAUCCCGACCACCCCAUCAUCGAGACUCUACGUCAAAAGGCUGAAGCUGACAAAAAUGAUAAAGCUGUCAAAGAUCUCGUCAUUUUGCUGUUCGAGACAUCUCUUCUGUCAUCUGGUUUCUCCCUGCAAAGUCCGCAAACUCACGCUUCCCGCAUCUACCGCAUGAUCAAACUUGGUCUCGGUAUCGACGAAGAUGAGCCUAUGGCAGCGGAGGAAAGCCGAGUCGGCGAUGCUCCACCAUUGGUCGAUGAUACUGAAGAUGCUUCCCACAUGGAAGAAGUCGAUUAAAUGCUUAGUCAAUCUUAUCUUAAGUAGUUUCUAAGUUUAUGCACUCAUAGACACGACAGCAAGUAAUUCCAUUGUGUGAUGCGACUGGUUCAUCGGGAUCUCGCUUGUAUUUAUGGUCAACAUUGUUGCCGCGUUGUAAGCGGUAGCAUCACCAUAAUCAUUAACCCGCUUACUUUCAGUCCCAUAUCAUUUAAUUAUUCAUUGUAAACUCGUCGCAGUUGUUAGGGCUUAAUUUAAAACAACCAAUGAAAUGUAAACUUAACAUUUAGUUUUAGUUUAUUUAAAAUUCUUUUUAUACAAUGCCGCUUUUCCCCCCAUUUUCUUCACUUACAAAAUGGAUUUUUUAAAAUCUUCGUUUCUUUUUUUUUUUAACUUCUUACAACUAAAUAAUGUAAUUGGUUAUUUUCAAAAAUGUUAUUGUCCCCAAGUAUAUGAAAAAUACAUUUGAUAUAAUUUAUAAAACGUCACAAUUUUGUUUUAAACACACAAACAUUCAAAACAUUUUUAAAUAAGCGAUGUUUGUGCACUUGUGUAUGAAUUGAAAAGAAAACCGAACCAAAAAAGAACAAAAAUAAAACAACAAAAAUUGUUUAAAACUUGAAA